AUGGACCAGAGCUUGGAUGAGAUCAUAGCUGAACGUCCCAAUGCCUCUCGUUCUAGAGGCCGGACGGCGAAUACUCGCCCCCGAAGAAACAACUACCGCGAUACUCAGAAGGUCUGUCCUCCUCCUCCUAUUCCCAUCGCUGCCUUAGCUGCCUACCAAUUGCCGUACCGUAUAGCUCGAGGCGUGAACCUUCCAGAGGAGACCGAGCAGAUUUGGACCUCACGCUCUUCCCGACCUCCACGACAACCUCGUACCGAUAGAUACAACUCUGGCUCUGCUGACCAAGAUUCACGCGGAGCGAAAAUUCGAGUCAACAACAUCCACUAUGACUUGACUCAGGAAGACCUCGAGGAGCUAUUCACUCGCAUUGGACCAGUCCACUCCGUAUCUCUCCUCUACGACCGAGCCGGACGCUCGGAAGGCGUUGCAUUCGUCACUUACAAACGGCUAUCUGACGCGCAAACCGCCAUCCAAGAAUUUGAUGGCGCAAACGCAAAGGGUCAGCCUAUUCGCCUCUCCCUAGUCACCAACACUGCGCCUAGACGCCGUAACCCAUUUGACUCCGCUGAGAUGCCAAAGGGGAGCCUAUUCGAUCGUGCUGAAAGGCCGCGGGGCAGGGACAGUCGCAGUCUUAGCCCAGAAGCCGAAACCAGUGGUGGACGAAGGGACAGGCGUAACAAUUCCAAACUUGCACCACCGGAUAACAUUGAUCGUUACAUACCCGGCCAUCGAUCACCUAUAAGAAAACACGACUCUGGUAGAAACAGAGGCCGUCGAGGUGGUAGGGAGCCCAGGGAAGGAACCGAUAGCCGAACCCGUGGGUCAGGGAGAACGAAGAAGACGCAGGAAGAGCUGGAUCAGGAGAUGGAGGAUUAUUGGGGUAAAGCUAAUGCUGGAGCUGAUGCUGCUACUGGUGCUGGGGCUGAUGCCAACCAAACUGCUCAGCCUAGUAAGCCUGCUCCCGCAACCGGUGGUGAAGAGGACAUUGACAUGAUUGAGUAA